AUGGUGGAAUACGAAGCGUGCAUUAUGGGUAUUCGUGCAGCCAUACAGCGCAAGAUUAAAGUACUAGAAGUGUAUGGGGAUUUUGCGCUAGUGAUUUAUCAACUCAAGGGAGAAUGGGAGACCAGAGACCCCAAGUUGAUCGACUAUCAGAAACUGGUCCUUGAAUUGGUCAAAGAGUUCGAUGAAAUUACCUUCUGCUACCUUCCGCGAGACGAAAAUCAGAUGGCCGAUGCUUUGGCCACCUUAGCUUCCAUGAUCAAUGUAAACAAACAAGAAGAUGUCAAACCCAUCCGGAUGAGCAUUUAUGAAAUUUCGGUCCAGUGUUACAAUAUUGAAGAAGAUGAAGAAAAAGAUGAUCACUCUUGGCAUCACGAUAUAUUGCAAUACGUGAAGAAUUUUAAGAUUUGGAGGAAUUAUCUUUAUGGGGAGAGAUGUGUCAUCUAUACAGAUCAUAAGAGUCUUAAGUAUCUCCUCACCCAAAAGGAUUUGAACUUAAGACAGAGGCGUUGGAUCAAGCUUUUGAAAGAUUAUGACUUUACCAUCGAGUACCAUCCUGGUAGGGCUAAUGUUGUGGCGGAUGCGCUCAGUAAGAAGUCUAUGUCAGAGUUGAGGGCAAUGUUUGCUAAGUUAUGUUUAUCCGAUAAUGGUGAUUUGCUUACAGAGUUACAAGUGCGACCAACUUUGAUUGAAGAGAUUAAGUUGAAGUAG